AUGUCCACGGGAGAGAGAUCGCCUAGGAGUAAAGUGAAGUUCAUGAGCAGCUUUGGUGGCAAAAUCCUCCCUAGACCUUCUGAUGGCCUUCUCAAAUACGUUGGCGGAGAGACUCGCGUCAUCUCCGUUUCUCCAGACAUCACAUUUGCCGAACUCAUCAAGAAACUCACAGAGAUCGCAGAAAACGACGUCGUGCUCAAAUACCAAAUCACCCCUGAAGAUCUCGACGCGUUAGUCUCCGUAAAGUCGGACGAAGAUCUCAAACACAUGAUGGAUGAAUACAACCGUCACGAAGCUCCGAAGCUGAGAACCUUCUUGUUUCCAGCGAACCCAUUGGUUCUCGAGAAUCAGUUAGGUCCUAUCGAGCCACAAACGAUAGAGCAACGUUACAUCGAAGCAGUCAAUGGCGUUCUACGCAAGAGUCAUUCUCUUCGUGCCCCAAUCAAAACACGACCUUCUUUCACCCUCUCUGCUUCCUCUUCUCCGAGAUCAGAAUCAUCACCAGAUGGAUAUUUUCAUGAGCUGCCUGAAACUGGUAGCUACCAGUUGAGCAGGCUUUACCCAAUGCAUAAAGUACAUAGCAGUCCAAACAUCACUCAACCACAUAGCUAUCACCACCACAAUGCUUACCUUCAGCCACCUAACUACUUGACUUGUAGGCUGCGACCACCACCAUCACCCCCGUUAGUUUUACAUAGAGGAUGGGAUCCACCUAGUAACGCCCAUAACUCCGGUGGUGGUAAUAGAAAUGGCGGGUGUAAUGAAGAACGUAGGUUCUUGGGUAGAACAGGUAGUGUUCCUCAAAGUCCUAUGAACCAUGUGCUUCGUCUCUGAUAUUGCUGCAUGACAUUUGCGGCCACCAUCUUUGUAUAUUUGGUCUUUGUGUUUUCUUGUACAGUUUUCAGACAUUUGUAGGUAUCUAAAUGUGUGCGUCGCGUGCGUGAUAUGCUGCAGGAGAAUGUUUACUGUCUUGUGAAAGGGCUGCAAGAUGCUAUCUUUGGUUUAUUGUACAUGUGUUUGUAAAUCUGAUGAGAAUUUGUGGUUGAGAACAUGGAUCAUGUGUUUGUAAAAUCUCAUCUCUUUGAUUAAUCAUGUGUACGAUAAAAUAAAGAAAAUAGCUGUUAAGAGUUGG